GCCUUGCGCAAUCAUCUCAAAAACCAGGCAAGAAAGCGAGGUGCAGAUGAUGGAGGGAAGCGAUGGGCCUGCAGCCGCGACGGAGGGAAUUAAGACCGACACCGAGCGUCCGAAGUGGGACAACAAAGCCCAGUAUCUGCUGACCUGUAUAGGUUUUGCAGUGGGCCUGGGUAACGUCUGGAGGUUUCCUUACUUGUGUCAGAUCUAUGGAGGGGGGGCUUUCCUGAUCCCUUACCUCAUUGCCCUGGUGUUUGAGGGCCUCCCUUUGCUGCACAUGGAGCUAGCAAUAGGACAGCGUCUCCGUAUGGGAAGCAUCGGCAUAUGGAACUCCAUCUCACCAUUUCUAGGAGGGGUAGGUGUGGCAUCCAUGAUCGUGUCUUUCCUGGUGGGAUUGUUCUACAACACCAUCCUGGCCUGGGUUCUGUGGUACUUCUUCCAUUCAUUUCAAGACCCCCUUCCCUGGAGAGAUUGUCCACUGAAUCACAACCUCACUGGUUAUGUGACUGAAUGCGAGAAGAGCACUGCAGUAAACUACUUCUGGUAUCGCAAAACCAACAUAACCCCCAACAUUGAGACCAGUGGGUCCUUGCAGUGGUGGCUGGUCCUUUGCCUGGCGACAGCUUGGUGUAUCGUGUACGUUUGCUUCAUACGAGGGAUUGAAACUAUUGGAAAGGCCGUGUAUGUGACCGCCACAUUCCCAUACCUCGUGCUGACAAUCUUCCUGAUAAGAGCCAUGACUCUUCCUGGGGCCACUGAUGGCUUGGUGUACCUCUUCACUCCUAACUGGGAUACACUGAAGAAACCCCAGGUGUGGUUGGAUGCAGCCACUCAAAUAUUCUUCUCCUUGUCAUUGGCCUUUGGAGGACUUAUUGCAUUUUCCAGUUACAAUCCUCAGAAGAAUAAUUGUGAACGAGAUGCUCUCAUAGUGGGUUGUGUGAACAGUGCUACAUCCAUUUAUGCUGCAAUUCCUAUUUUCGCUAUUCUUGGAUUCAAGGCAAACGAAAACUUUGACAAUUGUCGGAAUGAAAAUAUAAUGGCCCUGACAAAUACAUUUAGUAUUGGAGACCAGAAUAUAACUCUUGAAAACUAUCAUGACUGGCUGACACACCUGAAUGGAACUGACCCUUCUGAAGUUGCAAGCCUCAAAUUGCAAACAUGCAGCCUUCAAACCUUCCUUGACCAGAGUGUCUCUGGAACAGGACUGGCUUUCAUCGUGUUUACAGAGGCUGUGAUUAAGAUGCCCGGCUCUCAGGUGUGGGCUGUGCUCUUCUUCAUCAUGCUCUUCAGCCUGGGCUUAUCCUCCAUGUUUGGCAACCUGGAAGGGGUCCUAACACCUCUUCUGGACAUGCAGAUGCUGCCCAAGUGGAUGCCUAAAGAAAUCUUCACGGGGUGUAUAUGCCUCACCUCCUUCACUGCGGCUCUGAUCUUCACCAUGGGCUCGGGGAACUACUGGCUGGAGAUCUUCAACAGUUACGUGGGAUCCCUGCCUCUCCUCAUCAUCGCUUUCUUUGAGAUUGUUUCCGUGGUCUACAUCUACGGGAUUAAAAGGUUCAGCGAUGACAUCGAGUGGAUGACCGGGCGCAGGCCGAACAUGUACUGGCAAGCCACCUGGAGGGUGAUCAGCCCCCUCAUGCUGCUGUUGGUCUUCCUAGCCUACGUGGUGAUCCAGGCUGGAACACAGCCCACCUACGCUGCCUGGAACCCCCACUACGUGGACUUUCCCCUGGCUGAUGUGCAGGUCUAUCCAGGCUGGGUGUUUGCUCUCUGCGUCCUGCUGUCCUCCCUCCCCUGCAUCUCCAUCCCCCUCGUCGCCCUCUACAGACUCGGAGGGCUGCUGAGGAAACGCAUGGCGGACAGACGGGGCCAGAACCCAUACAAGGAUGAACGAUACUUCUCGGAUUUAUAGGUUGAUGGUGCCAAGCUAAUGUGGCAUUUACUGUAGAUAUGAAGACACAUAAAGGUCUCAUGUUUGAAAGGGGUCGUUCUGUAUGCAUGUUCUACACUGAUUACACUGUAGGCCCAGGGUCCAUGUUUGCUACAGCAAAUCCGAUCUGAGAAAGGUUGAUUGAAGUAUUCCUUGGGAGAACAAAACUUAUGUUUUUACAGAAAUCUCAACCAGCAGAUUAACAGCAUGGAUUUGUUAUAACAUUGUUUGAUUGGCAUUUUAUAAUCACAGUCUUUUAAAGUGACAGUCUCAAAACGUUAAUUUUCAAAUCUAACGUCUGUUUUUGCAUGAACCACUGGCAAUGUCAACCACUGGUCAUCUGAACCACUGGCAAAAUGAAGCACUUGGCAUAUAAAUCACUGGUGAUAUGAAUCACUGAUUUGUGACAGAUGCUGAAUCAUUGUCAACAUAAUCAGUGCAGAAUGAUUUGUACAGAAUGUCUAGUAGAACAGAUUGUUCCACAUCAGACUUUCAGAGACUGUUACAAAAACAGAUGUCUCAUUUUAGAUGUGCAUGUGGUGUCAAUAUUUGUACAAAUAAUGAUAUAGCUAUUGCUUUUCACAACUGUUGCCUUAGAUUAAAACAAGCUCAGGGCAAUCUGUUUUCCC